UUUUAAACUCCAACCGAAGGGAAAAAGUGAAAAAGAAUGCUACUUCUACAUAGACAUAAUCAGUGUUGACUAUUUGGAAUUGAAGCAUCAUUAAAAUCUUCUCAAACUUCUCAUUCCAAAGAAGUGAUAACAUUUUUCUGAACAAGAAAAGAAGUGACUGACUACGUGUUAAAAGUAUUCUGGCAGUGGUCCUGUUUUUUUCCCCCGCUCUAAAUUUGAAGAACUAUGGAGAAGUGGUACUUGAUGACAGUCGUGGUCUUAAUAGGACUAACAGUACGGUGGACAGUUUCUCUUAAUUCUUAUUCAGGUGCUGGAAAACCCCCUAUGUUUGGUGAUUAUGAAGCUCAGAGACAUUGGCAAGAAAUUACUUUUAAUUUACCAAUUAAACAAUGGUAUUUUAACAGCAGUGAUAACAAUUUACAGUAUUGGGGAUUGGAUUACCCACCUCUAACAGCUUAUCACAGUUUCUUAUGUGCAUAUGUGGCAAAGUUUAUAAAUCAAGACUGGAUUGCUCUUCAUACAUCUCGUGGAUAUGAGAGUCAGGCACACAAACUCUUCAUGCGUGCAACAGUUUUAAUUGCUGAUUUGCUGAUUUACAUACCUGCAGUGGUUUUGUACUGUUGUUGUUUAAAAGAAAUCUCCACUAAGAAAAAGAUUGCUAGUGCAUUGUGCAUAUUGCUGUAUCCAGGCCUUAUUCUUAUCGACCAUGGACAUUUUCAAUAUAAUUCUGUGAGUCUUGGCUUUGCUUUGUGGGGUGUUCUUGGAGUAUCUUGUGACUGGGACCUGUUAGGGUCACUGGCAUUUUGCUUAGCUAUAAAUUAUAAACAGAUGGAACUAUACCACUCCUUGCCAUUUUUUUGCUUUUUACUUGGCAAGUGUUUUAAAAAAGAUCUCAAAGGAAAAGGGUUUGUGUUGCUAAUUAAGCUAGUUUGUACUGUUGUGGCUUCCUUCAUUCUCUGCUGGCUGCCAUUCUUUACUGAAAGGGAACAAACCUUGCAGGUUUUAAGAAGACUCUUCCCAGUUGAUCGUGGAUUAUUUGAGGAUAAAGUAGCCAAUAUUUGGUGUAGCUUCAGUGUCUUUCUGAAGAUUAAGGAUAUUUUGCCACAUCACAUCCAGAUAAUAAUCAGCUUUUGUUUUACAUUUUUGAGUCUGCUUCCUUCAUGCUUAAAAUUAACACUUCAGCCCUCUCCCAAAGGAUUUAAAUUUACUCUGGUUAGCUGUGCACUAUCAUUCUUCUUAUUUUCUUUCCAAGUGCAUGAAAAGUCCAUUCUCUUGGUAUCAUUACCAGUCUGCUUAGUUUUAAAUGAAAUUCCUUUCAUGUCUACUUGGUUUUUACUUGUGUCAACAUUUAGUAUGCUACCUCUUCUGUUGAAGGAUGAACUCCUAAUGCCCUCAGUUGUGACAAUGAUGGCAUUUUUUAUAGUUUGUGCAUUCUCCUUUUCAAUAUUUGAAAAGACGUCUGAAGAAGAACUGCAGUUGAAAUCCUUUUCCACUUCUGUUAGGAAGUAUCUUCCAUGGUUUACAUUUCUUUCCAGAAUUAUACAAUAUUUGUUUCUUGUCUCAGUGAUCACUAUGGUCCUUCUGACGCUGAUGACUGUCACACUGGAUCCUCCUCAGAAAUUACCAGACUUAUUUUCUGUAUUGGUGUGUUUUGUAUCCUGCUUGAACUUCCUAUUCUUCUUGGUAUACUUCAACAUUAUAAUCAUGUGGGAUUCCAAAAAUGGAAGAAAUCAGAAGAAAAUCAACUAGUUGUAUUCCUAAACAAAUGUGAAAAUGUGAACCGUGCUAAAAGGUUUUGUGAACUUUUUGCUGUGUAUAAAUGAAAUUAUCAUUUUAAGAAUCAUGGAACUAUAGGAAAGGAAAUCAUGAAAAGUCAUCAUUUUCCAUACAAAAUAAACGUAUGUCAGGACCAAAG